CAUGUGGUCUAAUGUGAUACGCUUUCCUGUCUGCCACAUGGUUCCUCCUCGUUCCCACUAGGUUCACAACUCCGAAAGUAUUGCUGCAAAGUUGAUCUCAACUGAACCACAGUUGACAGUCGUGGUGUGUCGGUACAAUGGCUGGUACUGCAGCUGAGGUGGAGGAGUCGUUAACCAACGCCUUGUCUCUUCUCGUUAACUUGGGAAAAGUGAUUCUUCAAAAUGCAAAGCAGGAAGCGGGAGCUUCCCUGGAACAAUUUGUCCCUAAUAAGAUCACAACGAUGUUUGGUUUGAUGACCGCCGCAGCUGACUUUUACAACAGGAUUGGGGUGACAAAGAAGAGUGAUGCAGAGUCUGCAUGGGCAAAGUCUUACCACCAAGCAGCUGUGAGAGAAGGAGUUGAAAACCUUCUACAGUUGGAGAACGAGUGGGACUCUUUUGCGGUGAGUGUGGAUGAAGGUUUGAGGCCAGCCGAGACGCAGGGGCCUAAAGGUUCCACGGCAGACAGGCUAAGCGGCGACCUGGCCCUCGUGGACGCACGCACCACAGAAGCUGUGACUCUGGGCCAGUACCUUGGUAAAGGACAGAGCCUCCUCCUGGUUCUGAUCCGACACAUGGGAUGACUACCGUGACGAGACCACGCAGCCGAGCUCGAAGCAAACCAGGCCCUCCUGGGAGCUCGUUCGGCGCGGGUCUUAUUGGUCUCUUAUGGUAGUGUCGAGGGGGCCAGGCUGUGGUUGGAACAGACUGGAUGCACAUUCCCUAUGCUGUUGGACCCACAGAGAACGAUCUACAGGGCCUUUGGGCUUGGCUCAUCCUACGCCAAGGUGCUGAAGUUCGAUUUCCUGCUGCAGAUGGCCGAGUGCAAAGUCGCGGGCCGUAAACUACCCGACGUCCCCCACAGCCUGCUGGGAGACAUCUGGCAGAUGGGGGGAGACUUUUUGCUGGACCAGGAGGGUAAAGUGCUCCUCUCCCACCCCUCUCAGCACCCCCUGGACCGGCCAGCUAUGGCAGACCUCCUGGCGGCCAUGCCUGGGAAACCAUAGCUAGGGAAACACAACGCCGGCGGGAGACACCGGUGGGGACGCGGCACUGAGACUCCGACGGGUGGAGCGGCUCUCCUCGGCUCACGUUGAUGACGUCACGCUCUCACACUCAUGAAAACCAUGAAGAGGCGUGGCUGACAGCCUGUGAGUGGAGGAAAAGAUGGCCGCACUACCUCUGUGGUAGUGUCAGUGCUUUGGAAUAGUCCUACUAAUUUGCCCCCCGGACUCUCAUUUAAUAUUUAUCUUUAGAAAUUUCCUUUUGAUAAAGGAAAAAUGGUUAGGGUUAGUAUUUUAAUAGUAAGUAACAAAUAUAAAUGAAUUACAGGUGUUAUUGGGAUGUUUACUGAAGGUGUGAACUCUAGCUUUCUGCCAAGGGAGGAAUUUCUAACAAUGAACACUUAUUUGGCAGAUCCUAUUGGUUUACAGAAGUCCACAGGUAUCAGACUAUAUAUGCUAUUGAGUAACCCAUGAAGGAAUGUCAUGAAGGAAACUGUAUUUUAGCAGUUUUGCAGACGAGCAUAUCAACCAUAAAUUCUCCAUGAUGUCGGGCAGGGUGAAGUACAUAUUUUAAUCAUACUUGAUUCAAAAGAAUGGAAUAGUUGCUGGAGAUCACUGUGAUUUUAAACCUAGCUCUAACUGUAAAGACAUCACUGUGAAUUUAAACCUAACUAUAAUGUAAUCACUGCAGUCGUCCCCCUUGUUCAGGAUGAUACGAAGUCUAAAGAUCGACUGCCCCAAACGACUGGGCUGUUUGGAAAGGAAAAGGCACUUCACUUCCUGACACUAAAACCAAAUUACCCUAUCCUUAUCCACACAUCCACCUAACCUCAUUUAACUCUGGGAGAAAAGGCUGCAGUGGAAAUGACAUGUAUUGUGGGUUUAAGUUUGGCCUUGUAAUAGUCAGUUGAAUUUUAUUGAAAUGGCAAGGUAUUUUGUCAAAAAAAAAGAAAAACAUCUUUGUGAAAUUGUCUUUAAUACAGUGCAUUCCCAAACAAUAUAUGUUAAGUCUUUGAUGUUAUGCAUUAUGCAUGCAUUAUGACAGCAAAUCAAUCAUUUUUAACAAUGUUUUCCAUAUGAGUAACUCGCUAAAUCAAAAUAUAAACACAUUAGUGAUUUCACUGCAUUCUCAUGAUAAUCACUUCGCACCAUCAAAGUCCAUGAAAUGUUUGUAUCUAUUUGUAUUCAUGUAUCUUAUGUUCUUGCUAAAACAUUUAUGCUUAUGUCACCUUUUAUGAGUAAACCAAGUGAUAUAUUUAUAUAUUUUUAUCAUUUAAAAUUGAAUACAAUUAAAAAAAUAUGAAAGUUUA